CCACGAAACUAACACGUGUCCCGUCACCUUCACCCCUAAAACCCCAGCAGGAAAAAAAAAAACCCUAAUUUCAAAAUAAAUUCCAAUCAAUGACGAUUUACAGAUCCAUAAAAACCCUAAUUUCAAAAGUCCCCAAUUCAAACAAAUCCAGAUCUUUCUUUACAACAAAUUCCACUAUAAUCCAAUCACCAUUCGCUCCCUUACAUUACUACUACUGCUACUACCCUUCUUCUUCUUCUCCUCCUCCUAAUCGAUUCCUCUCUAAAUGGAUUUUCCUAAACGCACCGUUUCAAGGCCCUCUCUUUCUCUCUUCUCCUCCGUGGAAGCUUUUGCAGUCUUCGGCACCGCUUUAUCUACGAGGAAACGCUAUUGUUUUGAGGAAAGUCGAGGCCUUUAAUUUGCAUUUGUUAAAAAGUCGGGUCGGAUCGGUUUAUGUGGGUCAAGGCGUGUUGCCGAAUCGGGUUGACCUGGUGAAGGAGGACGUGGAUGACGGUGGUGAUAAAGAUGGGAUUUUGGAGAGUUUUGUUAAUUUGCCUAAUUUUAUCUCUAUUAGCCGUUUGGUCUCUGGGCCUUUAAUUGGAUGGAUGAUUACAAAUGAAAUGUAUUCUUCUGCAUUUGUGGCGUUGGCUAUUGCUGGUGCAAGUGACUGGCUAGAUGGGUAUGUCGCUAGGAAGAUGAGCAUUGAUUCUGUUGUGGGUUCCUAUCUUGAUCCUCUUGCUGAUAAGGUUCUUAUCGGAUCUGUUGCAUUGGCAAUGGUAUAUAUGGAUCUUCUACACCCUGGACUUGUCGGACUGGUAGUGUUGCGAGAUGUUGCACUUGUCUGUGGAGCAGUUUAUCAUAGAGCUAGUAGUUUGGGUUGGAAGUGGACUAGUUGGUAUGACUUCUUCAAUCUUGAUGGGACCCGCCCAGAGAAGGUUGAGCCUCUCUUCAUAAGCAAGGUUAAUACAGUUUUCCAGUUGGUUUUAGUUGCUGCAGCUCUCAUUCAACCGGAGUUUGGAACCCAGGAAACUCUACCAUACAUAACAUACUUGAGUUGGUUAGUGGCUGGCACAACGGUGGCUUCUACUGCUGCAUAUGGAGCAAAAUACACAAGGAAUAGACCUGCAUUGCUUGCAAGGAAAUCAUAGUUUUUGUUUUCCCUGCUCUAACCUGAAAGUCAAGGAAUGACCUUGAAUUUGAGUUACCAAGCUGGUGCUGGCAUUUGAAGCUUUUCAAGAGAUACAAAUGAUAUUCAGGGCCAUCAUUCCAUGGUUGCAGAUGAAAAGAAAAAGGUUAAUCAGGGCCUUUUCAAAGUCGUAUCCGAUAUGCCCCUAUGGUAUACAUGAGCUGUGGUUUCUCCAACAGUUGCGAUUGACAAUGCUGUGAGUUUGGGGAGAUAUCAGCUUGUGAAGCAGUGGGAAAUGGAAAUCGUUCUGCUGAUGAAUAUGUCAGCUUGAAAAAUUAUUUGAUAUAGAGAAGUUGUGAUGGAACAAGAAAAAAAAAUUCUUGUUAAAUCAAGAUGUAAUAAUGGAAAUUCUUUUCAUCUACUUAGUGUAUUUUGUUCAAGCUUCUGUUGCCGCCAAGUUUCUGUGGACAAAACUCAUACUUUUGAGGGAUCAAUCUACAGAACGGAUGUUAAUCUCC